GAGGGGAGGGGAGGCGGCGGUGGCAGCCAUGUUGUUGUGAGUCUCUGUGUCUCACCCUCGGUACUUCGGUGGUUCGUAGGAGGAGGGGGAGGAGAAGGAGGAGGUGGGGUGGGGGGGGAGGGUGGUAGGUGGAGAAAGAAGACAUUGCCGCCACCGAAGGCAGAGGAGGGGGAGGACCGCCAAGAGCGACGCCGCCGUGUGCCCAACGGUCGGUGUCCCCGGCUGAGGCAGCGCGGCCGCAGCAGCCCUGUUUGAUCUGUGGAUGAAAUGAAUCAUGAUUUUCAAGCUCUUGCGUUAGAAUCUCGGGGAAUGGGAGAGCUUUUGCCUACCAAAAAGUUUUGGGAACCUGAUGAUUCAACAAAAGAUGGACAAAAAGGCAUAUUUCUUGGGGAUGAUGAAUGGAGAGAGACUGCAUGGGGAACUUCUCACCAUUCAAUGUCCCAGCCUAUUAUGGUACAGAGAAGAUCUGGACAGGGUUUUCAUGGAAACAGUGAAGUAAAUGCAAUACUGUCUCCGCGAUCAGAAAGUGGAGGCCUUGGUGUGAGCAUGGUAGAAUAUGUAUUAAGUUCUUCUCCUGCUGAUAAAUUGGAUUCUCGAUUUAGGAAGGGAAAUUUUGGCACUAGAGAUGCUGAAACAGAUGGACCUGAGAAAGGAGAUCAAAAAGGCAAGGCUUCUCCAUUUGAGGAGGACCAAAACAGAGAUCUUAAACAAGGAGAUGAUGAUGAUUCUAAAAUAAAUGGCAGAGGUUUGCCAAAUGGAAUGGAUGCCGAUUGCAAAGAUUUUAAUCGUACUCCUGGAAGUCGUCAAGCCUCUCCAACUGAAGUAGUUGAGCGCUUGGGCCCCAAUACUAAUCCCUCAGAAGGACUGGGGCCUCUUCCUAAUCCUACAGCUAAUAAACCACUUGUUGAAGAAUUUUCAAAUCCUGAAACUCAGAAUCUGGAUGCCAUGGAACAAGUUGGUCUGGAAUCCUUACAGUUUGACUAUCCUGGUAAUCAGGUACCAAUGGACUCUUCAGGAGCUACUGUAGGCCUUUUUGACUACAAUUCCCAGCAGCAGCUCUUUCAGAGGACUAAUGCACUAACAGUUCAGCAGUUAACUGCAGCUCAACAGCAGCAAUAUGCAUUAGCAGCAGCUCAGCAGCCACAUAUAGCUGGUGUAUUCUCAGCAGGCCUUGCUCCAGCUGCAUUUGUGCCAAAUCCGUACAUUAUUAGUGCUGCUCCUCCAGGAACCGAUCCGUAUACUGCAGCAGGAUUGGCUGCAGCAGCUACAUUAGCAGGUCCAGCAGUGGUUCCACCUCAGUAUUACGGCGUUCCAUGGGGGGUGUAUCCAGCCAACUUAUUUCAGCAGCAAGCUGCAGCUGCGGCAAAUAACACAGCCAAUCAGCAAGCAGCAUCACAAGCUCAGCCUGGACAGCAACAGGUUCUCCGUGCUGGAGCAGGUCAGCGUCCUCUUACUCCCAAUCAGGGUCAGCAAGGGCAGCAAGCAGAAUCACUUGCGGCAGCUGCAGCAGCAAAUCCAACUUUGGCUUUUGGUCAGGGUCUUGCUACUGGCAUGCCAGGCUAUCAAGUAUUAGCUCCAACUGCCUAUUAUGAUCAGACUGGUGCCUUAGUGGUUGGCCCUGGAGCAAGGACUGGCCUUGGAACUCCAGUUCGGUUAAUGGCUCCAACACCUGUUUUAAUUAGUUCAGCAGCAGCACAAGCUGCAGCGGCAGCAGCAGCUGGAGGAACUGCAAGUAGCCUUACAGGCAGCACAAAUGGUCUGUUUCGGCCAGUUGGCACUCAGCCACCGCAGCAGCAGCAGCAACAGCAGCCAAGCACUAAUCUGCAAUCUAAUUCAUUUUAUGGAAGCAGUUCUUUGACUAAUAGCUCCCAGAGUAGUUCUUUAUUUUCUCAUGGACCUGGUCAACCUGGAAGUACAUCUCUUGGCUUUGGAAGUGGUAACUCUUUGGGUGCUGCUAUAGGCUCAGCCCUCAGUGGAUUUGGUUCAUCAGUUGGCAGUUCUGCAAGUAGUAGUGCCACAAGGAGAGAGUCUCUAUCUACUAGCUCUGACUUGUACAAAAGAUCUAGUAGCAGCCUAGCACCCAUAGGGCAACCAUUUUACAAUAGUCUGGGAUUUUCCUCCUCUCCAAGUCCAAUAGGCAUGCCUCUGCCAAGCCAAACUCCAGGACAUUCACUUACGCCACCGCCAUCACUUUCAUCACAUGGAUCCUCAUCCAGUUUGCAUUUAGGAGGACUGACAAAUGGUAGUGGUCGAUAUAUCUCUGCAGCACCUGGAGCAGAAGCAAAAUAUCGAAGUGCUUCAAGCACUUCCAGUCUAUUUAGCUCCAGCAGCCAGCUCUUUCCUCCUUCCCGGCUUCGGUAUAAUAGGUCUGAUAUUAUGCCUUCUGGCCGCAGUAGAUUAUUGGAAGAUUUCAGAAACAACCGCUUCCCGAACCUUCAACUUAGAGACUUGAUUGGACAUAUAGUUGAGUUUUCUCAAGACCAGCAUGGUUCUAGAUUCAUACAGCAAAAGUUAGAGAGAGCUACUCCAGCUGAGCGACAGAUGGUAUUUAAUGAAAUUCUGCAAGCAGCCUAUCAAUUAAUGACUGAUGUUUUUGGCAACUAUGUUAUACAGAAGUUUUUUGAGUUUGGGAGUCUGGAUCAAAAACUAGCCCUGGCUACUCGUAUUCGUGGUCAUGUUCUACCCUUAGCCUUGCAGAUGUAUGGCUGCCGCGUUAUUCAGAAAGCAUUAGAAUCUAUUUCUUCUGACCAGCAGGUAAUUAGUGAAAUGGUAAAGGAGCUGGAUGGUCAUGUGCUCAAAUGUGUGAAAGAUCAGAAUGGAAACCAUGUUGUACAAAAAUGUAUCGAAUGUGUUCAGCCACAGUCACUGCAGUUCAUCAUUGAUGCUUUCAAAGGACAAGUAUUUGUGCUUUCAACUCAUCCUUAUGGCUGUAGGGUAAUUCAGCGCAUCCUAGAACAUUGCACUGCAGAACAGACCUUACCUAUCUUAGAAGAACUCCACCAACAUACAGAGCAGUUGGUACAGGAUCAGUAUGGCAAUUAUGUUAUUCAGCAUGUACUGGAACACGGUCGACCUGAAGACAAGAGCAAAAUUGUUUCCGAAAUCAGAGGAAAGGUUUUAGCCCUGAGUCAACACAAAUUUGCCAGCAAUGUAGUAGAAAAGUGUGUUACUCAUGCCUCCCGUGCUGAGAGAGCUUUACUGAUUGACGAGGUUUGCUGCCAGAAUGAUGGUCCUCACAGUGCCUUAUACACCAUGAUGAAGGACCAGUAUGCCAAUUAUGUGGUUCAAAAGAUGAUUGAUAUGGCUGAACCUGCUCAAAGAAAGAUAAUCAUGCACAAGAUUCGACCUCACAUUACUACUUUGCGCAAAUACACAUAUGGGAAGCAUAUAUUGGCCAAGUUGGAAAAGUAUUAUUUGAAGAAUAGCCCGGACCUAGGACCUAUUGGAGGACCACCAAAUGGAAUGCUGUAAAUUACAGGAGCACGAGAAAGAAGAUAAUUUAACCAUGUGAAAAGAAUUUUUUUGUGUGUGAAUUAUCAAAACACAACUCAACUAUGAAUCUUCAAUUUUUUUUUUAAAGCAAAACUAUUUAUUGACUUUAUUCAUCCAUUUGUAAAUUUUUUAAGGUUCUUGUGUAUAUUUGGGGGGUGGGGGAUGAAUUAUAAAUUAUAUUCAGCCCUGAGUGGAGACCUAUCAGAUUGGAUUGCUGGCAAAGCACAGAAUGCCUGUAUAUGAUGUAACUGUAUCAAAAAUAAAAAGCUGUCACAUAUUUUGUAAAUUUUUACCUUGUAAAGUCACAAAAAUAGUUUUUAAAGGAAAAAGUACAGUAUUCUUUUAAUAAACUGGCUCACAGUCUGGUAGGUCUACAACCCCAUAGCACAACAGGUUUAUAGAGAUGUAUAUAGAAUUAUAGUCCUUAUUUUUUUCCUUUGCGUGAAACCUUUUAUAACAGAUUAACAAUCAACUGCAUAAAUAUUAUUAAUAUUUUAAAAAGUUAAGUUGUAUUUUGAUAAUUCACAAACUAUCAUGCAAAUAACGAGCAAGUAAGACAAGAAUAAAGUGGUUUGAGAUGAAAAGAACUUAACAUUAUUUACAGUAGAUGUGGUUUUAAUACAAUUACUGCCCUAAAAUGUCUCUGGCAAUGUACAGAAAUAUUGUAUAUACUUACAUAUGUAAUUGUUGUAAGAGUUAAGAAAUACAAAAUCAUGGUGACAUUUCCAAUUUAGUGCACUAAAUGAAAAGUUAAGUCACUUAUUAACUUUUCAGUUUGGUUUGCAAUGAGAAAGAGUGGAAAUUUGUAUUUUGUUUUGCUUAUAGAAUUACAGACUUGUUGAGGAAGUGUUGAGCUUUAUUUUGCUUUUUCAUAGAGGCAGAAAGUAGGAACCAGAUAGAGAUGAAAAGGGGCCACUGAAAAGUGAAUUUGAUAGCUCAGCAUUUAAGCAUGAUUACAUAUUCAGAUAGCUCUUUUUGCUUUCUAUAAAUAUAUGCAUUGUGUGUGUAGUAAUAGAUGUAAGUUUACACUUUGAAAGGAAAUCUUGUUUCAAUGUUUAUUAUAAAAGCCUUGCUAAUUUAGUAGUGAUGCUUUCCUUGGUUGUACAGGUGUACAUUUGUAAACCUUCAUGCUGUAAAUGGAAUUUGUUUUAUCUCUUUGGGAUACAUUUGCAUUUUAGUGUACAUUUACGUCCCUGCCCUCUUUGACCUGGCAAUAUAGUGUUGUAUAAUGUAAAUUUAUUUCUCCAAAUCGAGAGUGAUUUUUUAAAAAUUUUUUAUCUUUAUAUGGUUUCAGAAGUAUGAACCAGCUUUCUUUUUAUUAUUGUGAGAUCAUUUUGUUUUAUAACAUAGUUGUUGACUGUUAAUAUGGACAUGCUAGAAUUUGGAUCACUUUCAAUUGAAGUCAGGGUAUUGUGCAUAAUAGAAAGUAUUGGACUGAGAUAUUUGGUUACCAUGGAGGCCAAUGCUUUUUUCAUCUUAUUAAAUGUGAUGUGACUUUUUUCUUUGUACAGAAGAGUACUGUAUUUUUGAAUAGCCUACUCCCAAGUAAGAGCAAAUCUGUAUGAUAACAUUUUUUUCUCUGGACAUAAGACAUAACAGUAACACGAUGUACAUUUACAAGCGGCCUUAUGUACAUUUCCCAACAAUCUUUUUAAGGCAAAAUUGUGACCAUAUGUGUAUAAUUAAAAUCGUUUUUAAUCCUUUGCCUAUGAAAAUAUUUUGGAAAAAAACUUGCUGUGUAUAUUCAGUUUCUGAAAGAUAAAGAAAGUGCUUUGUAUUUUGUUGAAGUCAGUAUUUUGUAUAAACAUUUAUGUUGACCCAGUUAUGUUUAGUGCUGAAAACUAAAAUGAACAUGCUAUCUCUGUCAGCUGAAUAUGGAAGAAAUCUUUUUUACUAGAGAUCUGCAGAAGAAAAGCAAUCUUCUGAGCACAAUAUGGAAUCUAAAGGUUUUAUCACUUAGUUAUUCAUAUUAUGAACCUAAAAAUAAUGGCAUAAAGUUUGGGGAUGCCAGGCAUACUUUUUCAUGUUUGGUGUUUAGUUAUUUUAGUUUUCUAACCCAACAUUCCUUGGUGAGGCCAUUAAAUCCAAACACUUGUCUCCGUUCCUUCUCAUGGUCACACUGGGUCAUCAGCCUGUCCCAGUCACUGCAGCAACGCCUUGUGUGUGUUUCAUAUUUUUUAAACCCACACAAAGCCACUCUCUCACUUUUUCCUACAUUACCAACCUCAGAGUAUUUCAGCCCAUGUCGAACUUUUGUUCUCAGUAUCAGCCCAUGGUUUCAGGAUCAAAGCUGUCAUGUUGGAGAUUGGUAAUGGUUUUCCUGUCUUUGUACAGUUGAAUUCUUAGUCUUCCUUCAUCCUCGCCCUCUGUUGGCACAGGCAUUAUCUGCAAUUUUAGGAAAUGACAAGUAGAGAUACUACAUUGAGAAACUAAACCCUCUCCUUAGGGUCCUGAUAUUCCCAUGUGUCCCAGUGCUGACAACCCAAUCUUCCCAGUACUUUCAGGCCUGCUCUACAAAAAUACCUUUCUUGUAGAAAUUUUACAGUCUGCCAUUUUGGGUGCCCACCCCAAUUUUUACCUUUUAGUAAGUUCGCAUGAAAUUUUGUUAAAAUCUGAAAAUCACAUUUCAGAAUAAAGAAACAAUUGGGCAGAAACUACCUAGGCUUACUCUUGAGUGUCUCCUUUUGAUAGGGAUUGUUUCUGGACCAGUUUGUCUAAGUCCUGGCUCUUAUUGGUUCAUAUGAAAUAAUGUUAACUUCACUUCUUUGUAUAUUAUGUAUAAAUUAGAAAAUGAAAAAUGUGUGAAUAACAUUGUAUGAAAUAAA